AUGCGAUUUCUUACGAUUCUAGCGAGCUUCAUCCCACUGGUAGCUGCUGCCGGAGGUGAUGCGGCUAGUCGUAUUUCUGCGCUGACCGGUGAUGAGGCAUUCUGGAUGGAUCAAGGCAAGACAGACGGCAGAAAACUUUGCUAUGUGCCUCCGAAUGGCAACGGGGGUGACGAUGCCCAUGCCAUCAUGCGUGCACUCAACCAUGACUGCAGAAAGAACAGUAUUAUAGUCUUUCCCGGCCCCGUGUACAAUAUCAAGAGUAACAUGACAACAAUGAAUAUGAAGGACGUUCAUAUUCACCACUUUGGUCGCUUUCUAUGGAGCACGGACAUUGAAUAUUGGCGAUCAGUGUCUAUGUCAGUGGGUUUUCAGAACCAGAGCACCGUCUGGUAUUUCGGCGGCGACAACGUUACCCUUGAUGGUCAUGGAGUCGGCACUCUUGACGGCAAUGGCCAAGUCUGGUACGAUUGGGCCAAGAAUCAGGGAAAUCUUCCACGACGCCCCAUGAUGAUCAACUGGCGAAGAUUGACCAACUCGAGAAUUAUCGGCAUGCGGUUUGUGCAGAGUCAAAUGUGGACAAUGGCUGUAACCUACUCCAAGCACCUCGAUUUUACUGACAUUUACGUCAACAACACCUCUUCGAGCAAGUGGGACACUUUGAAUACUGAUGGAAUUGACACAAUUUACUCAGACGACAUCACACUCCGCAGGUGGCGCAUCACGAGCGGUGACGAUGCAGUCGCCCUCAAGGGCAAUUCAAGCAACGUUCGGGUUUUUGAUACCGAAAUCUACGGCGGCCAGGGUCUCGCUAUUGGCUCAGUCGGACAGUACAAGGAUCAGCACGAGCAUGUUACAAGCUUCCUCGCCAGAAACAUUACCCUUUUCGACACCACUUACGCCAUCUAUCUGAAGACGUGGGGCGGCAACUCCAAGGGCUAUCCCCCCAACGGCGGCGGCGGCGGUUUAGGCUUCAUGUCUGGCAUUGUUCUUGAGAAUAUCAAGCUACGGGGCGUGCGCAAGUACCCUCUUUUCGCCUGGCAGUGCGAAAACUACGAGGGCGGCCUCGGCAAGGACUGCCAGUCAUCCAAGUUCCAGAUGCACGACUUUGCAGCCAGGUCUGUCAGCGGAUGGGGCACCGAGAAUGUGAGCCACGCUGGCUGGUUUCAGUGCAGUGCCUCGGCAGGAGGAUGCAACAACUUUACCGUCUCGGGUUUUCAUGUAACGCAGGGAAAGGGCGGUGAUGAGCUGAAGUUGUGGCACUGCGAGAAUAUGCAUGACCACAGUGGCUUUGACUGCAGAGGAUAA